AUGUCUUUCAACGAACCAUUCAAAGACGACUUGGAGCACGAUGCAGGCCUCCAGGACCAAUACAGCGACUUCCCAAACUUCGAAAAACUCUCUAGAAAGAUCGAGGCCAGCUUGAGUACGGUGAAUGGCCUUCUUUCAAGCGAGAUCAGACCUUCUCUACAGAAACACGAAAAGCUCGAUAAGACUACUCCAACAUACUCGGAGAAUGCACAAAAGAUUGCGGACUCGCUCCGAGGAACAGUGACCAAAUGUGUGGAUACAUUUAAGCAGAUCAACGCUGCCACUUCAGAUUUGAAUGAGUACCUUCGGCAAUGUGAAUCGGAGCAUGCGGACCCCGAUGCUUUGGCUUACUUGCGGCAAAAAGAGUCCAUUCUCAUAAGCUCCACCAAGAACGCCUUGCAUCUGUUCCAGAGGCAACAACGGAAAGUGGUGACGCUUGAGAAGUCGUUGAUUGCAGCACUGGCAGCAGCCAUUGAUGAAGGAGUAGCUCCACUUGCACAUUCGCAAGCACAAGGUCAACAGCAACAGCCCGGGGAUGCACAGAUACAGAUCACGUACGAGCCCAUAAACGCAGAAGAGCUCGAGCAGCAGCUGCUCCUAAUACAAGAGCGCGAACGGGAAAUCCACCGAAUCGCACAAGACACACAAGAAAUCAAUGACAUAUAUCUGAACCUCCAGGACAUUGUCCAAGAACAGCAAUUCCAAAUAGACACGAUCGAGGACAAUAUUCUCAGCUACCAUGGCGACGUUCAAGGAGCCGCCGGCGAGCUACGCCGUGCAGAGCGGUACCAGCGCCGGUCCGGCGGGCGCAUGCUCUGCUGUUUGUUUAUUCUCUUGGGGGUUUUCGGGUCUGUGAUCCUAGUCAUGGUGGUCUUUUAA